AUGACUUAUCGUCUCGAUUCCGAUGUUGUAAAUACCUACGGUCGCAUCCGGUGCAUUGAUUCAUCUUCAUCCUGUUCAAAUUUCCCGCGAGGGAUAACAUUAUCUGCUCAAAUUAGUACUUUUAAUCCUGCAACAAUCGCCAACAGCGUCCAAAUGAAUCUGACAGUGAAGAAUCGAACAGCCGCUUGGUUCGUUUCCAGCUGUAAAACGAGCAGUCAGCGUGAAUUGUUGGUCCGUAAUUUAUCGAAUUUCAUUCCGGUAGAUGUUUAUGGCUCGUGCAAAAAUAACGGUAGUAAUCACACGUGCGUAAAUCGAGCCGAUUGCAAUGUGAUGCUGGGUCGUUAUUAUCGUUUUUAUCUCAGUUUCGAUAACUCGCUUUGCCCAGAUUACGUCACGGAAAAACUCUAUCGGACUUUGAUGCACGACACGGUGCCGGUGGUUUACGGCGGAGCUAAUUAUUCUCUCUACCUGCCGGAAGGAUCCUACGUCAACGCUAGAGAUUUCAAUAGCCCAGAGAAUCUGGCCAAUCAUCUCAAGGAAUUGAUGAUCAAUGACGAGCUUUAUCUGAGUUAUUUCCGCUGGAAGCAACGAAUCAACGAUACACUGUUGAGCUCGGGCAUUUAA